CCCACGAGGUCAUGACCAAGUUGUUCUCCACCUUGCUAUGGGUUCUCAUAGUUCCCUUGUCUCAGUUUAUUGGAAUGGCGAUUCAAGAAGGAACAUCAUCUUGUGGAUGGACCAUAGGGCUCUUGACCAAGCCGAGCGAAUUAAUUCUCACAAUUCACCGAUAUUGCAAUUUAAUGGUGGGAGUGUCUCCCCAGAAAUGCAAGCUCCAAAGAUCAGGUUAUAUUUCCUUGGUAGCAUGGCAGUAGCACCCAAUCAGACCACAGCCUCGGCGGGUGUGCUCUGCGAUCUUGGCCACCGUCGGCAGGUUCGACCUCCGCCGCCACUGAAAGCUGCCCCUGCUCAUCACCAUAUCAACGCCGAGGCGACUUGGAUCAGGGAGCAUAUGGAGCGACACUUGCAGAGGCGAUGUCAGCGGCUGUCGAGUGCUGACCCACCCGUUGGCUACCUCUGAGAGUGGCACAUGGUACUGAAUCAACGCCAAUUCCCUCGCCAUGCCCCUUCCCUGGUAAUGACCCAGGCUCCACUCAUCUCUGCUCCACUAGAUGCACUUUCCUCCCUUAGGCUUUCAUUUUUUUUAGAGCUGCACUUUCUCGCCUCGUUAAGCAAGUGAUAUACAAAGUGGAGCAAGAAUUAACACCAUGGAAGAAGAGGAAUACAACUUUUUGUGGUACGUGACAUAUCCGAUGAAAUGUAGUGCAGCCAGGUACUACGUAUUUUAAAUUUUGCAUGAGGGCCGCCACCCACAUACCACGUCCACAAUCCUCGCGAGAGGUAUCACUCCUAUCCCCUCACCGUCUCACCUUCCUCCUGCGCAUUACUUUUUUUUGGCUCACUUGCAGUUGUUUUGGUUCAUCAUUGGUCUAAAAAAAAGUACUACAUUGUUACUGAUGAGCAAACUUCUGUGAUAUUGUGAGGCGAAGUAUUUAACUGGUAAGUGUCUGAUGCCCUGAUGUCUUACUUUAAAUCCAUUUUAGACGCAGUAGUAGGACUUCAUAAUAGGAUGGGAGCAACCUGCAUCUUUGGAAUGUACUGAACUAAUUUGAUGAAAAAUAACUACGUACUUUUGAACUGAAUACACUACAGCAAUUGUCGUCAGCAUUGACUACGCCACUGUCAAAUGCAUGUUUGUUUAUUCAUAAUGAUUUCUU